AUGUCAACUCUUGACAAGAGUACCGUCUUUCUUUCCAUCAAGGAUGAGGUUUACAGAAUUCCUGCUCUUUUCUAUGACCGAGACCAGAACACCCUGUUGGCCUUCGCAGAGAAGCGGAGGACUUCCAAUGAUGCCAGUUCAGAGGCACUGGUCAUGAAAACAGGAACAAUUAUCAAAGAUGAAUCCACUCACGCUGUGAAAAUCAAGUGGUCCGAGGCCAAAAACGUGGUGGAGAAGAAACAUCUGAAUGGGUAUCGUCCAAUGAACCCUUGCCCAGUCUACGACAAGACGACCAAAACCCUGUUUCUGUUUUUUAUCUGUAUUGAAGGUACCGUCUCUGAGGCAUGGCAGAGGUUUUGGGGCAUUAACAAGGCCCAUCUCUGCUACAUCACAACCAAGGAUGCCGGUGAAACCUGGAGUGAAGUCACCGAUCUCACCGACAAACUGCCUCAAAUGAAAAAGUGGGCUGCAUUUGCUGUUGGGCCGGGCCACGGCCUUCAAACCGAGAGCGGCAGACUGAUUGUACCAGCCUACGGCUAUGGCUCCUGCUCCUGCUCCUCUUCAUGCUUUUGUAUUUACUGUUUUUGUGCAAUUUCACGCGCAAUAUGCCUUUAUAGCGAUGAUAAAGGCGUUACUUGGCAAUUCAGCAGUAUGCUUGAAGAAAAAUCAGUUGAAUGUGAAAUGGCAGAGGUUUGUGACAACAAAGAAAACAGGUACAUCUACUGCAAUGCUCGCAAUGAGGGAGGGUAUCGAGUAGAAGCUGUCAGUGAUAGUAACGGAGAGGAUUUCAUCGUUCUUCCAUCUGCCGGGAAGCUUGUGGAAACAGGCUAUGGCUGUCAGGGCAGUGUGGUCUCCUUCCCAGCUCAAACUGGAGCUGCAGACUCCAGUCAGGACCCUCGUUGGCUGCUUUACACUCACCCAACCAGUCAGUCCAAAAGAGUGGAUUUAGGAGUGUAUCUGAGCAAGUGCCCGCUGGAUUCACAUGCGUGGAGCGAGCCCUGGAUCAUGAACCCAGGGCCCAGUGGCUACUCAGAGCUGGCUUACCUUGGUGAUGGUUGGUUUGCAUGUCUGAUGGAGUGUGGAGAGAAGUCUGAAAUUGAACAGAUCGCGAGCACCGUCUUCAGCUACAAGCAUGUCAGCCAAGGCACUGGAAGCUGAGCAUCCGUUGCUAAAGGUUGAUG